UUAUAUUUCAUUUUAUUUGUCAUUUCAUACAUUUUAUUUUGUGAUGUGAUGUGAGCGCAGGUGCAACCCAACAGGCCUCAAACGUUCCUGGCAGCAAGUAAAAAUGAAAUAUAAAAACAUAGUCCAAACAGGUAAGGUGUAAUUGUAUUAUGAGCCAUAGUGCUUGGUCUGUUUGUCCUAUGUAAAUCAAUUGCAGUUAGAGGCUACAUUAAUUUUCUUUCUGUAAGCACUUAUUGAAAUUAUCUGAGCACAUUACAAGUACAUAGUUGCUUACUCUGUAUGCUCAAAUGUGGCCCGUUAUAGCCAACAGAAAAAAAGCGGAGGCCCGAAAAACAGGUGGGGGUCCUCCACCACCACCACUCACAGAGGCUGAGCAGUUGGCCCUCAGCCAAAACAGUGGGCGCCCUGUGGCUGAAGGCAUCUCUGCGGGGACAUCCUCUGAGUCAAUAACCCCGCAAGACACAAGUGCCUACAUAAGAGUUGAUGGUGAUGGUGUACUGCAUCUGGUGCAGCCUCCUGUUGAGCCAGACCAACAUGCAGUUGAAAUUGAAGAAACAUUGACAGCUGUUACAGAGGAGGGAGCAACAGAGACACUUUAUGAGAGUGAUGAUGGAAAUGCAGAGGAAGAGGGUCCAGCCACUUCUCCAACAAACCUUUCCUCACUCCCUGUAAAGCAGCUGUAUAAGACAUACUUGAUCAAGAAAAUAGAAAAAUGCAACUUGGAAAUGGAACACUUCAAGCAACAGAUCCAAAAGACCAAGACUGAGAUUUUACUGCUGGAACAUCAGUUAAGGGUGGGUGAAGUGGUCAGAGAUGGACGAAUUAUUUCAGUGUUUGAACAACAUACUAAUAUACUUAUUAAUACUUUGUGUACAGGAAAUACAGGCGACCAAUAAAGCCAGUUGAACAAAAAAUCUGUUUAUUUUUCUUUCAACAUGUUGAGGUGAUGGGUCAAAGGAAAUGAUUGUGACAUAUGGUGUCUCUGACUGCUCUUCCAUCUUGUAUGUCCGUGGGAGGGUCAGGAUGUUCAUGGUUUGGAUCACUGCUGAUGUUUGGUUCAGAAGGACAGUGUUCUCCUCUAAUUGUGGCAAUGUUGUGAAGAAUCACACAUGCCACAAUAAUGUCACAUGCCCUUUCUGGGGUGACCCUGAG